GCGGUUUAAAAAUUUAUCCGUAGAUUGUUAUGGAUGUUCGAAAACCAUUUUCAUGCUCGUAUGGUUUGCAAAUGAAACAUUCGCUGCUUCGAAUGUUUAUUUUUGUCGGCAGUUUUUGGAACUUUGGUCCCAGAUUGGAUCCUAGAUGCGUUAGGUGAAGAACUUCCAUUGAACCAGCAAUGUUCUGCUACUGCCCACUAACCGUCAACUCUCCCGGGGUGCCAACAAGACCACAGAGUUUACCAUUCUCCCUUUACUCCGCUGCCUCACCUCAAUAUGCCAGCUACGGCUACCAAAAUGAUUUACACGAUGAGAGUUUUAUGAGAAGAAAACAGCGAAGAAACAGAACCACUUUUUCGGUGCAACAGUUGGAAGAACUAGAGAAAGCUUUUGCUCAGACGCAUUAUCCUGAUGUCUUCACCAGAGAGGAUCUUGCAAUGAAAAUCAAUCUUACUGAAGCAAGAGUUCAAGUUUGGUUCCAGAAUCGCAGAGCCAAGUGGCGCAAGGCAGAAAGGUUAAGGAAAGAGCGGGAGGAGAAACAUCGAGAUGCGGACGAAAGCGACGCUCUCAAGUUCGCCUCUCCGUCCGGCGCUGAGCCGGAAUCGUCCGGCCAGGCGAGAUCCGACUCCGAAGAUAGCCUGCCGGAAGCGGGGCAGAGGGAAGGGUGCAGCGACGGGGAGUGCGGAUGGAGGGAUAAAGAGGGCAGGGAUGGAAAAACGGACGAUAACCAGCUGUCACUGGUGGGCUCUACAUCAGACCAAUUUCAAGGUAAAAUGGACUCCAGUGGAGAAGAUAAUAAAAUGGAUGAAGCGGAAUCCAUAAAAAUAUGUUCCAACUUGGCGCCUGGUUUCGCAACCUCUUCAUCAGCAGCCCUCUACAAAGAUUAUUUUCCAGCAUUGCGACCAGCUCGUUUGAUUCCUCCUCCAUUGUGGUCCACGCUACGAGAUUGUCAAAAGAACAGCCGGCAGCAUUGCAUAGAAGCUCUGCUGUCUUCAACGUCACACACAGACCUGCCAAGGUUUCCUUUUCCUCCGCUCUGCUUUCCAUCUUCGCAUCAUUUGGCAGCAUCUCACCAUUUGGCAACGAGUCCCUCCACUCCUGCCUUUUUUCCAAUAAAAGUUCCUAUUUGUGCGUGCAGUUUUGGCCGCCAUCUAUCUGCUUGUCCAGCUGAAAAUAGAAUUAACACUCUGGUCCAUCCUCCAGUCAGCAACAGUGGGGGAGAUUCAGGGAGGAAGCAGUAUCAGCCGAUCCUGCUCCGCCCCAUCCCUUCCACAAGCCCACCGCCACAGCAAGUAGGGCGACAGGGGCUCACCGUUGCCACGCCCCAUUCCGAAAGUUCCAUGUGAUUCAAGAUCUGUCCAUCAUGAAAUUAAUUAAUCCUACAUUUGAACAAGAGUUGAUCCUUGUUUUUUAGUUUGAGUAAAUGCUUAUAGGAAUAAAAAUUCUUGUGAACGUAUAGCGAACGAUUCAAAUUAAUCGUUUUCAGAUUGGUAGUUAACUUUGAGGAAUUUAUUUCUUUGGUUGAAAAAAAAAAGGAUUUAUUUAAUUUUAAUGAAAUUUUUUUAAAUAAAACGAAAUAAUAACAGAGAAAAAUGAAAGAAAUU